GCGGCGGGGUUGUUUUUCACAAAGCUGUUCUUAAAGUGAGCUGGCAGCAUGUGGGCAGUUGUCUUUGUAAGGAGAUUGCAGCGCUGUACGGCCGCUGCCGCCUUAGUAAUUUCGAUGAAGCGUUUGUAGGGAGCACGCUGAUAUUGUCACGCUCUUUGCGUGGCAGAGGCGUUGUUCAGCGUAAAGUGAGGAUCACGUUUUGUAUGAGACCUUAUUGUUUGGUUUUUUUUUUUUUUUCUUGCAGUAUAUUUUUAUACGUUUUGUUUUAAAAUAUGGUGCUAGGGAAGGUAAAGAGUUUGACAAUAAGCUUUGACUGUCUUAAUGACAGCAAUAUCCCCGUCUAUUCUAGUGGGGACACAGUCUCAGGAAGGGUCAGUUUAGAAGUUACUGGGGAAAUUAGAGUAAAAUCUCUUAAAAUUCAUGCAAGAGGACAUGCAAAAGUACGUUGGACUGAAUCUAGAAAUGCUGGAUCUAACACUGCCUAUACGCAAAAUUACACUGAAGAAGUAGAGUAUUUUAACCAUAAGGACGUUCUACUUGGGCACGGAAGAGAUGAUGACAAUUCUGAAGAAGGCUUUAACACCAUUCAUUCAGGAAGGCAUGAAUAUGCAUUCAGCUUUGAGCUUCCACAGAUACCACUUGCUACCUCAUUCGAAGGCAGACAUGGCAGUGUGCGCUAUUGGGUGAAAGCUGAAUUGCGUAGGCCUUGGCUUCUACCAGUAAAACUAAAGAAGGAAUUUACAGUCUUUGAACAUAUAGAUAUCAACACUCCUUCAUUACUGUCACCCCAAGCAGGUACAAAAGAAAAGACUCUAUGUUGUUGGCUUUGUACCUCAGGCCCAGUAUCCUUAAGUGCCAAAAUUGAAAGAAAGGGCUAUACCCCAGGUGAAUCAAUUGAGAUAUUUGCUGAAAUUGAGAAUUGCUCUUCCCGUAUGGUGGUGCCAAAGGCAACCAUUUACCAAACACAAGCAUUCUAUGCCAGAGGGAAAAUGAAGGAAGUCAAACAGCUUAUUGCCAACCUCUGUGGGGAAUCCUUGUCAUCUGGCAAAACAGAAACCUGGAAUGGCAAACAGUUGAAAAUUCCACCCGUUUCCCCUUCAAUCCUUGACUGUAGUAUAAUCCGUGUGGAGUAUUCACUGAUGGUAUAUGUUGAUAUUCCAGGAGCCAUGGAUUUAUUCCUUAACUUGCCACUGGUCAUUGGUACCAUUCCUCUGCAUCCAUUUGGUAGCAGAACAUCAAGUGUGAGCAGCCAGGGUAGCAUGAACAUGAAUUGGCUUGGUCUGACACUGCCUGAAAGACCAGAAGCACCUCCAAGCUAUGCAGAAGUGGUCACAGAGGAAAACGGACAGUCCAGCCACGCACCUAUAGCUGCUUUUGAUUUUGAGAGAGCACUUCAAGGACAGUUAUUUGCAUACAUCCAGGAGUUCCGUUUUCUUCCUCCACCUUUAUAUUCAGAAGGAAUGAAAGAAGUAGGAUGGCAAAAAGACUCGUGGAUCAAGAUAAUGACAAUUUAAUAAGGAAAGCAAAAGCUGCCUGUGCAAGGAAAGCAAGAAGAGGAAUUCAUUCCCUACUUCCCAUCAGCAGGCAGAUGUCCAGCCACUUCCUGGGAAGCUGGGCCUCAGCACAUGUAGUUGUUGCUUGGGAAGACAAACACCAUAACCAUGAACAUCCCCUCUUCCUCCUUUCCCUGAGCUUUUAUUGCUGGGCACGACAUCAUAUAGCAUGGAAUAACCCGUUGGUCAGUUUGGGUCAGCUGUCCUGGCUAUGCCCCCUACUAACCUCUGGCCCACCCUUAGCAUAGCUAAAGCAAGUCUUUGGGGGGAGGGCAGAGAGAAAGCCUUGACACUGAGCACUGUUCAGCCGUAGCCAAAAUGGCUGUGUUACCAACAUUGUUUUAGCCACAAAUGCAAAACACAGCAUCAUACAGGCUGUUAUGAAGGCAGUUAACUACAUCCCAGCCAGACCCAGUACAACUGUCUUCCUUUUUUUAUAUCUUAUUCAAACUUUUUAAUGCUCCAAAACAUUCUACUUCUUUUAGUGCUUGUAUUUCCUUUUAUAUUCUAUACCAGCAAUAAUGCCAAAUAAGAAGCUUGAUUUUCUCAAAAAAACCCCUUUCAUCUACCUUCUUUACCUGAAAUACCUUCCCAGAAUGCACUUGUAAAGCCACUAUCCAUUUUCUCCCCAAAACAAUAUUUUUAUUUAAAAAUGCCAAAAGUAAUGAUUAGAUAGAAGACUUGUGGGAAUUUCUAGUAUAAAAUUUACUUUUAAUUCAUGGCAUGACCUAGUAAAUAGGCAGUUGCAGUAUGGCAAGUCUUUUAUGAUAUUUCCACAGCUUUAUCCUGAAGUAUCUCAUAAUGAAUGGAAAUUAACUUACCUUGAGGGCAAUUUUAUCAUAAAUUAAAAGCAUUCACAUAGCAGAUUAAUAUCAGAGUACUAUGCAGUAAACAUAACCCUGCUUUACCUGUGAGAUGUCUUACCAAUGUCUUACAAUUACCCCUUAUCCCCACAAAAUAAUUCAAGUUUUAAAUGGAUUGUAAGCACCAUUUAUAUGUAGCUAACAUAUGGAAACCUUUUUCUAAUGAAGGUUAUAUUAUCCUACAUAUGAUGAUACAUUUUGUUUACAAUAUCCAAUUACAAUGUAAUUUUAAAAUAUAUUCAUUCCUUUGGCAUCUUUUGACCGAUGAACAAACUCCUACAAUGGAAGAAGGCUCAGAGGAGAUGGACACAGACAAUGAGCUCAUGAAGCUAAGUGAACAAUAUAGGGAGUAAACAUAACUGUUGUAAAGAAAUCUGAAUUUAACAAAAAGGGGACUGGAGGGUGGCCUUUCUUUUAGAUAAAUGGAUCAUCUUGCUCUCUAUCAGUUGAGUGAAUCAGCUGGUUGUGUAAAAGGCCUUCCCUGAGUUAAAAAAUUGUGAAUGUCUUCCUGAGCCAGCCACACCAGCAUGGGGGAAAUAUAUACAUGGCUCAGCCCAUCACAGAGUAGAAAAACUGAGCAACUAGCAAAAUUAACUUUAAAAAGAGCAGUGGACUUGAGCUGGCUUUAGCCCAUAUAUUCCUUCCCAGCAAUUGGGAAUGCUUGGUGUCAUGAUGGUGAGCACAUAGAGACUGGUAAUAGGGAUCACAUCUGUGUUGUGAUCCAACUGUAUACUACAAUUGCUAUAUUGUGCUUGUGUUGUGAUUUCAGUACAUUGCUGUAUCACUCUGCUGAAUCAAGAUCCUGUGUAAUGUCAAAUAUCUUAAAAAAGUAAAUUUGGUUUUAAAAACAUUAAAUCCUCCUCAUGUGGAAUAUAUAAAGGAACCUAGUCAGAGAGUAUUGGACUCUGACAUAUAUUUGGUACUCUUAUGAUUUUGUGUGUUCUAAUACUAAAUAGGCUUCUGGAACUACCAGAAGAAACAAGAAAAAAUAUAAUUGAGAGAAUUCUUAGAACAAACUGUUGAAGCAGAGUACAAGUAGUACAUUGCUUCCAUUUAUUUGAUGCUACAAAAGGCAAGCUCUACUAUGCUAAACCUUACUCUCUUGGCAACUAGUUGAUACAUACAAAAUAUUCCAAUAAAUCAUUUCUUUCUCCUUGGCUGACUAUGAGCAGACCUGAAGGGAAAGAUAAAAAGUUGCUGUUAUUACAUAUAAAGAUUAUUACAGGGAGAGAAACCCAAUUUUUGCACUAGCUACUGGCCUCUCUACCCAAAGACUCUAGCAACCACAGAGAAGCCAGUCAUUUUAUCACUGAAGAAUAUAGGGAUAUCUUUAGAUAAAUAAUGCAAUCUGCAGUUUAUAAGUGUAUUUUAACAGGAAAGUUCCUCACAGAAUGCAGUGAAAACCCUCCUGGAAUGUCUUCUAUAGCAAAUUCCUAUCCAAGCUGUAUCACCUCUGUCACCUGUGUAAGGCUGUAAAGAACAUGAACACACAUAUACAGAGUACUCUGGAUUAGGAACAGCUUUGAUUUAUGCAAUUCAGAAGUCUGUUUACUAAUUACACAAAGAAGAGGUCUUUCAAGUCUGUCAUGGUUUAACCUUGGCUGGUAAUUAAGUACCACACAGCUGCUCGCUCAUUCCCCUCUCACCCAGAGGGAUUGAGAGGAGAGCUGGAAAGGAAUAUAAAACUCGAGGGUUGAGAUAAGAACAAUAGUUGAAAUAGAAUAAAAAUGAAAGAACAAUAAUAACAAUGAUGACAAUAGCAGUUAUAAUGAAAAGGGGAAGGGAAAGAAUAACAUCCACAGGGAAAGGAACAUGUGGUGCACAAUGCAACUGCUCACCACCUGCCAACUGAUGCCCAGCCAGUCCCUGAGCAAUGACCUGCCCGCCCCAGCCAACCCCCAGAUAUAUAUACCAGGCAUGAUGGCCCAUGGUAUGGAAUACUUCUUUGGCUAGUUUGGGUCAGCUGACCUGGCUGUGUUCUCUCCCAAUUCCUUGUGCCCCUCCAGCCUUUUUGCUAGCAAGGCCCGAGGAACUGAAGUCUCACAUCAAAGCCAAAACACAGCACUGUACUAGCUCCUAAGAACAUAAUUAACUCCAUCCCAGCUGAAACCAGGACAAAGUCCAAAUAAGGACAUUUUGGACUUAAACACACUGUUUUAUUUUCUAACUUUAUAAGAAGAUGUUACAGCAUUGACAGAUCAGGGAAGAGCGACUGACAUCAUCUACCUGGACUUGUGCAAAGCUUUUGACGCUGUCCCACAUGGCAUUCUCAUCUCUAAACUGGAGAGAAAUGGAUUUGACAGAUGGACCACUCAGUGGAUAAGGAAUUGGAUGGAUGAUUGCACUCAGAGUUGUGGUCAAUGGCUCAAUGUCCAAGUGGAGACCGUGAUGAGUGGCAUUCCUCAGGGGUCCAUACUGGGACUGGUGCUGUUCAACUUCUUUCUCGGCAACAUGAACAGUGGGAUUAAGUGAACCCUCAGCAAGUUUACUGACAGUACCAAGCUGAGUGGUGCAGUUGACAUGCUGGAGGGAAGGAAUGCUGUCCAGAGGGACCUUGAUAGGCUUGAGAGGUGGGUCUGUAAGAACCUCAUGAAGUUCAACAAGGCCAAGUGCAAGGUCCUGCAUUGGGGCAACCCUCAGUAUCAAUACAGGCAGGCUGGGCAGAGAAUGGAUUGAGAGCAGUCCUGGGGAGAAGGACUUGGGGGUGCUGGUGGAGGAAAAGCUUAAGACAGCCUAACAAUGAGCGCUUACAGCACAGAAAGCCAAUCUCAUCCUGAGCUGCGUCAAAAGAAGUGUGGCCAGCAGGUCAAGGGAAGUGAUUCUUCCCCUCUGCUCUGCUCUUGUGAGAUCCCACCUGGAGUACUGCAUUCAGCUCUGAAGCCCUCAACAUAAAAAGGACAUGGACCUUUUUGGAACAAGUCCAGAGGAGGGCCAUGAAGAUAAUCAGAGGGCCUCUCCUAUGAAGACAGGCUGAGAGAGUUGGGGUUGUUCAGCCUGGAGAAGAGAAGGCUCCUGGGAGACUUUAUAGCAGCCUUUCAAUACUUAAAGGGGGCUUGUAAGAAAGAUGGAGACAGACUUUUUAGUAGCGCCUGUAGUGAUAGGACAAGGGGGAAUGGCUUUAAAUUAAAAGAGUAGAUUUAGAUUAGAUAUUAGGAAGAAAUUCUUUCCUGUGAGGGUGAUGAGAGACUGGAACAGGUUGCCCAGAGAAGUUGUGGAUGCCCCAUCCCUGGAAGUGUUCAAGGCCAGGUUGGAUGUGGCUUUGAGUAACCUGGUCUAGUGGAAGGUGUCCUUGCCUAUGGCAAGGGGGGGUUGGAACUAGAUGAACCCUAAGGUCCCUUCCAACCCAAAACAUUCUAUGAUUCUAUGUUCUGUUUCUGCAGCUCCUAGAUCUUUCUAAAUAUGGUGACAGUUCUAAUAAUUUUCAAAACAUUAUUAUGGGAUUAUUCUAGGAUGCUCAGAAUCUUACUCAGGAACUAAAGCAAACACUUUUCCAGCUCUAGUAUUAAUGCAAAUUGUUGACAUGAGGAAUAAACACUUUGGUGACCUUUAAAAAAUUUCAAGUUCAUAAUUUUAACUCAGCUCCCCCAAAAGUCUUAUGGCUAGCGCUGUUACAAAAGGACAAAGAGUAAAACAAAAUUAAGAGCCAUGUAACUUAUCAAAAAAUAAAAACUACCAUGUUUCACCAGAUGCAAUAGUACAUGCCACAAAAUUAACUGGUACUAUGUAGUGAAAAACUGUUCAUCAUACUGCUAUUUCAUUUGUUCCAAAGCAAAAGUUACCAUCUAUCUGCUUUCAGUGUAGUCCAGUGUCAGUCUGCAAUGCUGAACAAGGACAAUACAAUAGCCAGAUUUUGUAAAUUGGGCUGCUAUACAGAUGACCCUAAUUACAACAUGCAAAUUGUUGGUUAGUACAAAAGACACUAUAUUGAGCAACAUAAACAUGGGCAUCCCUUUUUAAAGGUAUACUAUAAGAACAAAGUGUCUUGCAAACAGACUCCAGACAUGGGCCCAUUGAAGUAAGGAUAGUGAAAGUGCAUCCUCAUCAGAGGCAAGGCUGGCUGACUCUCAGGAACAGCUGUAAAGAAAAUCCAUCACUUGCCUAUUCAUAUGAUUUCUGUAAAAGGUGCUGCUGACACCAACAUACUUGCUCUGUGUGAGUGGGGAGAAGGAGACUGUGUCACUAUCUUCCCUAAGAGGGUCAAAUCUGUUCACAUUUUCAUUGGCUUAAUAUUCUUGGUUUCUCCUCUAGGAUUCACAGCUGACACUAGUUAUUUCUAGGAGUUUUUCCACUCCUGUACUGACUAUAACCCCUCCCCCAUACUCCCCCUACUCCAGAGGAGUCUGGAGCGAAGGAAUGAAGUUGAGCCUGGGAAAGGGGGAGGAAAGGUGUUGUUUUAAUGUUUGUGUUUUCCUUUUCCACUAUUCAAAUCAGUAAUUAAAUAUCUAUUUUAAUUAGCAAUAAAUUAAUCUUCCCCA